AUGGCAUUUGUGUGCGCAAGUCUUCCUUCAAUAAUUGGCUAUUCUCUAGGAGUACUCUACCCAAUUGGAAUAAUAUACUCUUGGACUGCCAUUGACCCGGACUCGAUGUCAGAAUUUCCACGUAUGAAGAAAUACACCAUUGACGUUAUAAGCAUUUUCCUAAUGGUAGGAUCAGGGUUUUCGUUAAUUCCACUUGCAUUCCUUAAUGGAUAUAACGUGGAUAUCGGAAAUUCCCAAUUAAAGAAGAAAUUCUCGACAAUAAGUGCUUCUACACAUAUAAAGAAUAUCCAAAAGGACGAAGAACUACAACGUAAUAGUUCAAAAUUGAAAGGAGUGAAGUCAGUCUCAAAAAAUCUGACAAAAGUUGUAGUCAUCCUAUCUAUACUACUUCUGUCACAACUCAUCAUGGCUUUUGCGAGUCUUUCAAAUGACCAUUUCCGUCAAAGAAAACCUAAUAAAUGGCUUCAAUUGUUUAAAUUUUUCUUUUAUCAUCUUUUGCCGCCCGGGACAGCUGCGUUAUGUCAAAUUAUAAUUAAUUUUAACGUCAUGAAAUUUGGUAAAUUAAACAAUUCAAAUGUUUUUCAUUGUGCCGUUUCAUCAUCAUCGUCGUAUUCACCAGACGUGAAAGCUCUCGCAAUGUUAACGUUAAAGAUCGUCACGGAGGAUAAUGAUAAUAGGGAAACAACAAAAUAA